CGCUAUAUUCAUUUCCCGAUUUCCAUCAUAAAUGGGCCGUUUUGACUGACGUCGGAUGUGUCAAAUUUAUUUUUAUCAUCUGAAAGGUUGAAAACAAAGACCAAAUAACAUAGACACGUGAAGAUGUCGGCAUCGGCUGUGUAUAUAUUGGACAUGAAAGGAAAGGUGCUGAUAUGUCGAAACUAUCGUGGUGAUAUGGACAUGUCAGUGGUGGACAAGUUCAUGCCAAUGGUGAUGGAUCGGGAGGACGAGGGUCAGAUGUCCCCGAUCAUUCAGAUUGGGGAGGUAGCCUUCAUCUACAUCAAGUACAACAACCUCUACCUUGUGUCCACCUCCAAAAAGAACGCCAAUAUUGCGCUUGUCUUUUCAUUUCUUCAUAAAUGUGUUCAGAUAUUCCUGGAGUAUUUCAAGGAAUUAGAAGAGGAAAGCAUUCGAGACAACUUUGUACUCAUUUAUGAACUUCUGGAUGAGGUCAUGGACUUUGGGUUUCCACAGACAACAGACAGCAAAAUUUUGCAAGAGUUUAUUACCCAGGAUGGUCAUAAGCUGGAGAUUGCACCCCGUCCUCCUAUGGCAGUGACCAACGCCGUAUCCUGGCGCUCAGAAGGUGUCAAGUACAGGAAAAAUGAAGUGUUCCUUGACGUCAUUGAAUCUGUCAAUCUCUUGGUUAGUGCUACAGGGAGCGUGCUGCGUAGUGAGAUAGUGGGGGCCAUCAAGAUGAGGGUAUACCUGUCAGGCAUGCCAGAACUCAGGCUGGGGCUCAACGAUAAAGUGCUCUUUGAAACAACUGGAAGAGGCAAGAGUAAGUCAGUGGACCUUGAAGAUGUCAAGUUCCACCAGUGUGUGCGCCUCUCGCGGUUUGAGAACGACCGCACGAUCUCCUUUGUGCCACCCGACGGAGAAUUUGAACUUAUGUCCUACAGACUGAACACACAUGUGAAGCCCCUGAUCUGGGUGGAGUCGGUUAUAGAGAGGCACGCACACAGCAGGGUGGAGUAUAUGAUCAAGGCAAAAAGCCAAUUCAAGCGCCGAUCUACGGCCAACAAUGUUGAGAUUGUGAUACCAGUGCCCCUGGACGCUGACACUCCAAAGUUCAAGACAACCAUUGGCAGUUGUAAAUACGCUCCAGAAUUAAACUCCGUUAUUUGGACCAUCAAGUCUUUCCCUGGUGGUAAGGAGUACAUGAUGCGUGCUCACUUUGGAUUGCCCAGCGUGGAGACGGAGGACCAGGAGGGGAGACCACCCAUUUCUAUCAAGUUUGAGAUCCCUUACUUCACUGUGUCCGGAAUACAGGUGCGUUAUUUGAAGAUCAUUGAGAAGAGCGGUUACCAGGCGUUGCCAUGGGUACGAUACAUCACCCAGAAUGGUGACUACCAGCUACGUACCAGUUGAGCCUUGUGCAAUAUUGGAGGAUAAAUACCCCGCAUACAUUAGUGUUAAGUUCGUGGAUAGAACUGAUAAUUGUGAAACAUUCCUCAGUUUGUAUUCCUUCUUGAAAUAGAAUCAUUUGAUUUUUUUGUCCUAAUUAUUUUUACAGGUACCUGCUACUCUCUGUGUUGUUUAAUUGUUAUUUCUUUGUGACAUUGUUAAGAACAUUUGGAAAAUAUGCCAGUGAACUUUUGAAAAAAAAAAUGAGUAUAUUUAAUAGCAGAAGUAUAUCUUUUGCCUCAUAGGUAAUGAAAUUUUCAACAGCAGAAUGCUGACUUGUAUCCUCUGUUUCAUGUCAGCUAUGUUCAGUCUGUUCAGAUGCAACUUAAUGUUAUUAGCGUAAUAUUCUUUGUUUAACCAGUCAGUGUGAAAGAAACGUAUUGCUUGGAUGCAAAUAUUUAUUCUUAACACAAAGAGAUUUAUUGCUUUAAUUGGCUUAAGUUGCAAGUUAAUAAGUGGUUAUUUGUUAUAAUGUUGACGUUACCAGCAAAUUUGUUGCCACAUGAUUCCAAAUAUUUACAUUUAAAUGCCCCUCUGGAAUCCUAAUGAUGCUGAGAAGCAUAUAGGGAUUGGCCCUCCCGUAGUUCCCCUCCCGUAGUUCCCCUCCCGUAGUUCCCCUCACGUAGUUCCAUCUGUUUGUUGGUCUGUAUGAGGUUAACCAUAAAAAAAUCAAAGCAUGCAACAUUUUCUUUAAAUCCUACAAAACUUCUAUUCUUGCAUGGAUUUUCUUAAUGAAUACACUCCACUCAUCGUACCUCAUUAUGACCUAAGCAUUGACCUUUUUAUGCCCCCUUCUUCAAAGAAGAGGGGUUAUAUUGUUUUUGGCCUGUCUGUCUGUCAUUCUGUGUGUCUUAUCACUAAACUUAAACCUUGGUCAUAACUUGCAAUAUUGAAGAUAGCAACUUGAUAUUUGGCAUGCAUGUGUAUCUCAUGGAGCUGCACAUUUUGAGUGGUGAAAGGUCAAGGUCAUCAUUCAAGGUCAAAUAUAUGGCUUCAAAGCGGCGCAGUAGGGGGGCAUUGUGUUUCUGACAAACACAUCUCUUGUUAAAUUUAACUAAAUCUGAAAUUGAAUAUUCUUAGUCAACCAAAUUAAACCAUUUAAUUAAUAUUAUACAUUCUUACUAAUAAGCUUUUAUUCUUCCAUUAAACACUCUCCAGACUCUCAUCAUGAUUUUGACCAAACUUUGGACUACGACACAUACCGGUACUCAAAUGGGCAAAUUACAAGGCUUCCAUGGGAGUGGGUGGGAUCAGGGCUUUUUUAACAAAGCUCUUUUUUGUGAAAUCAAAUAAUUCUUCUAAUAAUAUGUGUCCGAAUCCCAAAUAAGCUUUUUUAAAUAACAUAUGUAAAAUUUAGUGCAUCAGUUGAUGCUUUCCUGUCAUUUAAAAUUUACAAUAAAUAGUUUCAAACAGUGCAAAAAUAACAGCUAUCUUUUUUAAUAAUUGAUUGCGGAUUACCCAUAAUAUAGAAAAUGUAGCAGUUAAUUACUAGCAAUAUUCUGUUAUAUUUAAAACGCGAUAGUGCAUUACAGAAUGUGUAUUUAGGUAUUCAAAUUGUUUUAUAAAUUAUGUGCAGAUAAACCUCUUUAAUACAUGUGCAGUGUUAUGUGAGAGUAUAAUGUAUUUACAUUAAAUAAUAAAUAAACCAUUAAUGUGAA